CACACACACACACACAUAUAUAACUUCAAUAAUCUCGGAGUCCAUAGCCAUAUCCUUGCAAAAGCUCAAAUCUUUAUCCUAAUCUUUCAAUGGCUAAAAUACACCCGAAAAGCCCGAUAUUCAUCGAUAGCCCUUGUCAAUACUCAUCGUCCGAAAGAGAAAUAUUUACCGUUUGGAUGAAAUCCCUAGUGAUCAACGGCAAUGGAUGCACGGUUUUCGGCUCGGAAGGUGAAAUUGUCUUUCGGGUCGACAAUUACCAAACGAGGCGCAGUCGAGAGGUAUUUCUAAUGAGCUCUGAUGGCGAAGUCCUCUUCUCCGUAAAAAGAAAGAAUUUGCAAGUUUUUAGGAGUUGGGGAGGCCAUAAGUUCCUCAAUUCAAAGCUUCAUAAGGAGGGAGAAUGGUUCAAAGUGAAAAGAAAGUGCAACAUUUUUAGGAGAGGUCUAAUUGAAUGCGACGUCAUACUUGGAUGUAACAAGGUGACAUUAAGUUGCUACAAGAUUGUAGGGUUAAAAGGGAAAUCAACUCUCAAGAUAAUGGAUUGCGAGAGCCGAGUUAUAGUCCAGGCGACUCCAAAACAGUCAUUUGGUGGAGUUUCUUUGGGAGAUGAUGUGCUAACCCUGAUGGUGGAGCCCAAAAUAGAUCAAUCCUUUAUUAUGGCUCUAGUGAUAGUUUAUGCUAUGAUCAACAAUAAACUAUAGUUUUUGGGAGCUUCAUGUAAAUUACACACAUUUUUCUCUCACAUCUCUCUCUCUC